CAACGCAUGGGGCUCCGAGCUGCACUCGUCAGUCGGCUAUUUAGCCACGUGCUUGCAACAUCUCGUUUAUAAUGUGCAGUGAAUUUCAGCUAUAAGACCUACACAAAAACGUCUGAAUUGCAGCGACAACAAAAAUGGCGACCUCACUAGCUGCGCAACUUAAAAAACUUGCGGCACCGCAGACAUCGCUUUUGUACCAAAGCAAAAAAAAACCGAGUCUUUUAUUCGACCCUUCAGAAGCUGCUAAUUUGGACAAAGUUACAGUAUUUGAAAUUGGUCAGAACGGGUUGGAUGAAUUAAUAAAAUUAUGCGAAAAUUUUAAUGAUUUUAAGAAGAACAUUUUUGCGCCGAGCGCUGUUGAGCUGCAAAGAUCUGUGCAGAGCGCUGCACUCAAUAAACGUCUUGAUGAACGUAUUAAGCAGUUUCUUAUAUUACUGUCACCAUAUUUUCUACUUAAUCCUGCUCACAAAGCGUUGGAAUGGCUGAUACAUAGAUUUCUUAUACAUGAAUUUAAUAAAGAUCAAUUUCUAAUGCUGAUACUGCCGUACCAUGAGACAAAAAUUUUCGUCAGGGCUCUUCAGCUAGUAAACUUAUCAGACCCAGCCGAUAAUUGGCACUGGUUAAAACCUUUGCAAAAACCGGGUGUUACACUUUCAACAACUACAUUGAUAAAUCGGGUAUCAUCCGAUAUUGGUUUGCUUAGAUUGCUAUGCUCACACGUUUGCGAUGCUACGAAAAUUCAUGGCGCGCGAGCGUCUUCGCUUGGUACCCUAUUCGCCUUUUACACGAUGGCCCUGAUCGGGGCAAUAGACGGGCUGAAAAAUAUCAGCGAGAAUCAAAUGACUCAGAUAUUACCAGCCCUUGGAAGGGGGUUGUCCAGUUCAGUGCCAGACUUCGCGGCUAGUAGCUAUAUGAUAACAGCCAAAAUUUGCAGUAAAGCUCGCCUGAACAAAGCCACACUCAACUUUAUUCUGAACGCGAUGCUCUCCGAUCCACCUCUCCGACAUGAAGCUGUUUUGCUGAUGAUACAUCUUUUUAAUUCUCAAGCAAACCAGCUGAAUUCGAUCUCUGUUAAAUUGAUCGUUAAAUUAUCGAAGCUCAAGUGGUUUCCGGAGAUGCUCGCGAAGGUCAAAUCGUCCGGAGCUAAUACUCUUCGAUUCUUAGUAUUGCUCGUAUCUUUCUGUGUCAAAAAAAUUCAGUCGGAAAAGCUCGAGGUAACUGAAGGGGUGAAUUCAAUGGUGAAGGAUAUAAUGAGCAGAAUACAAUUUACCGAUGAAGAAAUUGACGAGAUUUUGAAGAACACCCUGCAGCUGCCCGUUCAAGUUGAGAAUAUACCAGAGUCGUCGAAGACUUUCCUUGUUGAAUUUUUCCGUGCAAUUGAAAGGCAGUAUCCCGAAAGAUUUGAUGCCUAUUUGAAAGGAAUCGUUAAAAAAGGCGAUAUUGAUUCGGAAGCACAAAAAGUCCUUGGACUUCUGCUAUCCUGGCACGAUGACAUAAAUAGCGCCCAAGGCGCCAUGCAAGUCCUGGACAGACUUCACCACGUAGACCACAUACAACGUAUAGCGGGAUUGAAUCUGAUUGCUCAGGGUAAAGUUCAGGUUUCUGAAAACUAUCGGGAAAUGGUUAACAACGCUCUGCUAGCAAGAUUCAGGGAUGACAAUGAAGAAGUAAUCCUCGAUCUGCUCACAAAGUUCUCAACGGAUAAGCUGAAAAGCAUAUUUACAGUCGAUGUCCUCGUUGACGAACUUCUACGACUUGUUUUAAAAAGCAACCCUUACUCACCGAACUCUUUUGGUGUGCCAGCGCUAAGGAUUUUACUUAGUCUGUGCAAGAAGAACGAUACUCGUGUAUUCAUAGCGGUAUUGCCGUGGUUAUUUCCCAGAAAUAACAAGGAAAUUAACAUUUCACUGGAAGUCCUGGCCUCGGACUACGCACAAGGCAACGAUUACAUGAAAAUGGUUAAAAAGGACACUGACGAGAAUCCAUCGAGUCCUGAAGCCAUUUCCUCAGCCGCCUUCCACAGAGUAUUGGACACAAAUCUUCUGCCACCGACCUCAAGUAUUUUAUCUACUUUGAAAGAGCAGGGAAUUCAGGGAAACGCGGCUCAUAUGUUCUUCAGUAUGAUACUCCUCGGCUCAGUUUGCAGGGUCUCAGUUGGGUCCCUUCCGCACGAAGUUGCUCGCGAUAUCGUUGAAAUCGCGUCAAAGGUCAUCAAAAACUAUCCGAACGUCCGUCUCCUUCCAAACUGCAAUCAAUUGAACGGCGACAAAAUUGUCGAUGCGUUGGAACUCGCGUCCCAAGAAAUUCUACCGCUACAAGUGGGAACUUACGUCCUUGAAAUGGUUCACCGAAGACUCGACCUCAGCGUGAAUCCAACACUGGACUUUGAGGAAGCGUCAGAUCGCAGUAACUUGGUACUACAUUUUCUGCAGAUAUUUUUCCAGGGGAUAAAUAACCUACAGUGGAGUUCGCAUUACCUCUGGUGCCUGAAGAUAUUUCUCAAGCGGCACUAUGCUAAUGCCGAGAACACCGUGUGCUUCUUAUCGCAACUUUUUACGAAACCAGUUUCAGCACAGACUUCGCUACACUGUUUGCAAAUAACCUGCUCGCUUCUAGGCUCCGAAAAGUCUCUGCUUUGGGCUUUCCAAGACUGCACAUUUAUCCCAAAUCUGCUCAUAGCUCUGGAAAGUGAAAAUAUUGAUUGUAGAAAAAGCGCGGUUAAAAUACUCGAGAAACUCUCACAUACCUUCAAUUUUUCUACCGAUGGGUUUUCGACUCUUGUCUACGAACUUGCUGAAAGAAAAGCGGAAAUCACGAUCGACCCCCAUCAGCUAUCCCUCAUACUUUACUCCCUUCUCUCACCUGAUCCCGAUGUUCAAGAUCAAAUACCCGUCAAACAAAGAGUCAAACUCCAAGAGGGACUUGCAUUUUUAAUGACAACCAUCACGAAGGAGGGCACCCCAAUUCAUAUCGUCUCCCAACUCCUCGAUGUUCUCUGUCACGUUAACGGACUUACUGUGCUUCAGAGAUUAGCACCACUCGGUAUAAAGUUGCUGAAUAAAAUUGGAAAGAAACCAGUCGCCCCCAGGUUUGCUGGUAACGCUUUAAAGAACAUACUGAACAGAUUUGACGGAUCGACUGCAAAAUCUUUGGAUGAUUCAACUGUAUGGAAGCUUUUUGAAAUGAGCAUGAGGGAUCAUACAUCCCGAAUCUGUAAUAACGGAGAAUACCUGCCGCCAAGUGUUCUCCUCAUGAAGCAAAUCGACGUGACAUUCUUCGAGGAAGUUGGAAAGCUUUCGAAGAACCAUCAAGCCAAGAUUUUAGCGGGGCUUAUAGACGCGAUUACAGAAUGCGAGAUAAGCUCAGUUGUUGCAGCAGGAAAUAGGGCAGUAAGGAGAAUUAAAGUAAAUGCACAGCUCAUUGUUGACGAACUCAAGCUGAUGAGAGAAGCGAAAAUGCCGGUUAUAGAUGACGGCGGAUCUACAGAGAAGAGAAGAAGGUCACGGAAGCAUCCAGAAGUUGUUCUCAAUUCGGGCAUCGUCAAUACGAGAGCUUGGAAGCGCGGCAUCACACUUUUGGAGUUCGUUCAGCGAGCUAACAACGUAGAAAACCAGGAACUUAUGGUCCCAGUGCUGUUUGACCUGCUCCGAAUGACCCUGCAAUUUGAAGAACAAAGUGCCCUCGAGUAUACCAAACAGCUUUUGCUGUCAUCGAUAUUCCACCUGACCGGAAACUCGGUGAUCAUUCCACAGGCUCACCUGCACGUCGAUGCGGUGGCCCAAUGUAUCAGAACCUCGCAAAACCCUCAGACACAUCAUCACGCGCUGUUGGUCCUCGUUGAACUCUUCAAGGUAGCUGAUACCAAAGUCGCACUCCACAAUAUCAUGCCGAUAUUCACAUUUAUGGGGUGUACCGUUAUCAGACAGGACGACGCUUACUCGAUCCAGAUAAUAUCGAAGACUAUAGAAACCAUAAUACCUGUGCUCAAUGCCACUGAGGACGAAAGUCACGCCUGCGGAGUCCUCAGAGUGUUUAUAAGUUCGCUUCCAGAUAUACCUGAACACAGACGAGCCCCACUUUUCGUUAAACUUCUUCAGCUUCUGGAAAAUUAUCUGCAUCUAUUCUUUUUACUCACCUUCGAGAGCCACGUCCUCACAGAAAGAAAAUUCGCUUCUAGCCAGGACACCUGGUCCCAGCAGCUUGAAUUCGCAUUGAAUAUUGCCCAUGAAUUUACGCCUCCUCAGCUUCUCGACGUCUGCAUUAAACUUGUUCGGUUUAUUCGAUCUCUUCCACCAACGGUUGAAGAACGCAUCCCGAAGUUCAAAGGCAAUCAAAUAUUUGACCUUGAGAAAAAUACCGACCAACAGUUGAGACAUUAUAAAUACACCUUGGUUAGAUUUCUUGGCGCACUCUUAUCAUCCUCUCAAUUCGUCAAUAAAGUUGCCGAGCUCAACGUCGAAGAAACUAACAACAUGACGACGCAAUACUACGCGUUGAUUGUGGACCUGGUCAUGUUCAUUCCCGUUGUAUCGAAGCGUGCUGAUUUCCUGCAGGGUGCGAAUGAAGGAAAAUAUUGGAAAGUGCUCCUUCAUCACCUCUACGACAUUCUAGAUAGCGUGAACAGACUCUUACCUAAUGUAACUUUCGUUGAGAGUGUAACCGACCUGAUCAACCACGAGGCUAUAUCCGUGAGAAGAAAGGCACUUGAACUACUCAUAGCUAGACUCCAGCAAAAGACCUUCACCGUUGAAGAUCGGCAGGCAUUUUCCACCCUUGUCAAACCUUUAAUGAAAAUCGUACGUGUGAAGCAAAAGCCUAAGAACCAAGAUUCCGAAGUAGUCGAACAAACUGUUCUGAUCAGUCUGAAAUUACUUGCCAAAAUACUUGCUGCCGACGAUCCUGAGACAUUCAAACCCACAUUGGAGCUGACGAUCGGAUUGAUCAAAUCGAGAGAGGGUCCUGUAUUGGCUAGCGCAGUUUUAUGCCUUGCAGAAUUGUGUGCGCUGAUGAACCCGCAUUCUAUUCAGUAUUUGAACAAAUUUUUCCCAGCAGUUUUGGAUCUUCUUCGUGAAAAAUGUCACCAGGAUAAUCCCGACAUUGUAGUAGUGAGCGUAAUCGCUGCACUCCAAAAAAUCGUAGAGUCCUUAGGGAACUUUUUGUCUCUUUAUCUUGACCAGUUACUGUUUGAAUUAGCCAGAUUAAGGUCUCGAUACAUGGACACUGAGCAACCAAAGCUUGCGCCAAUAAUCCAGCGUCUUAAAACAACGAUGCAAAAAUUAUCAGCGUCCAUACCAUUGCGGGUUUUGUUGCCCACAGUUACAAAGACCUACAAGAAACUAGUGUCGGAGAAAUUGUAUCGGUCUGUGGACCCGCUUAUGAAUUUAUUGUCGGAUUCAUUCGCCACCGCGCAACCUGCUGAUCUAAACCCAGCGAUCCAGGACCUUGCAGACUUCUUUUUGAAGGUUUUACAAUUCCGAGAAGACCUUAAAUUCGAUCGCGAAGAUCUGAAAAACGAAGAUCUUCAGCAAGAUAUAGCGAUCAUUGAACAAAGCGCCAGCAAGUCACUGGUCACCUUGAUACUAAAACUAAGCGAAGCUACAUUCCGACCGCUCUUUUAUCGUCUCUAUGACUGGGCUGCGAGAAACCCAGGUCAAAAACUUCGUAAUAUCACAUUCUACAGGUUAUCAGCAAACAUAGCUGAGAGUUUAAAAUCUCUAUUCGUGCUGUUUGCCGGUCACUUUUUGAAGCAUGCUGGUUCGUUAUUGACCAGUAACAAUCAAUCAUUGAUCGAUGAGCCGCAACAGCUAACCUUAGACCAUGAAGUCCAUCAAAUAGAGCUGAUCGAAGCGAUUCUCCUCACUCUGUACAGGGUUUUCAUGUACGACCCUCGCAAUUUCGUGGACGAAGUGAGGUUCACAACUCUUGCACAGCCUAUAAUUGACCAGCUGGAAAAUAUUGUCGGUGGUAGAGAGGCGUACGAAAAGAGAUCCAAAGAAUUAAUAGUUCCGUGCAUCGCUAAUUUCGCCGGUGCUAUUCAGGACGAUUCCUUGCAUAAGCAGCUCGUCUAUCAAACCCUCCUAAAAACGAGACACGUAAAAUCCUUUGUUAGAGGUAGCGCACUCAACGCAGUGGUGGAAAUCGCCCGAAAAUUGGGAGAAGACUUUAUGCCACUUCUACCAGAAACUAUUCCGUUUUUGGCCGAGUUACUAGAAGAUGAAGACGAAGACACCGAAAAGCUCGCACAAGACGCUGUUCGGACUUUGGAAGAGGUGCUCGACGAACCUUUGCAAAAAUAUUUUUGAGAAUAUUGAAAAAGUAUAUUCUUUACGAUGUAGCAAAUUUUCAACGAUUGGUUGAUGAAUAAAUUCUGAUAUUUUGAAAUGCAAAAA